AACUUAUAAAAUUAAGUUUUAUAAGUUGUGACAACUCAUCUCUGUUAACAUGACUUGUAAAUCUGAGUUGAUUUAACAAAAAAAUUUAAGGCAGCAAAGUAUUUUUUACAGUCUGGUUAGCAAACAAACAAUGGUUGAUUAAAUAGUAGUUGAUUUUGUUUUUUUAAUUGUGUAUCACAGGGUAGAAAUUACAAAUAAAAAGGUUUAAAAUCUACUAAAACUAUAUGACAAUUUGAGAAACUCUUUGGUUGAAUAACAGUUUGCUUUACACAAGUUUAUUUUUUUAUACAGGGCCAAAUGUAAAUGUAGUUUAAGAAACAUGUAUUAUUGUACAUAACCAGGCUCCCAGUGACUGUUCUUUCACUUAAUAAUGAAGAAAUCGUGCAAAACGUUCAGGUCGUCUCUUUGUCUUUAAAACAAAAGUUCUGUGCAAGACGAAAGAGAAAACGCUUCAUUAGUCGCGUGUGCUAUUGUGAAGUGAAUUCAAGCUCUGUUUCCAGCAAUUACUUGAGCAGAAACCACCUGUCAAUCAUUCUUAAGGGGGAAGAGUCCCAAUUAAUGAGCUCCUGUAAUCCCAUGCUGUUAGUUCCCUUAUACAAAGACAGAACACAGAGCGGCAGAGAAGUUCACUGUGUGGAUAUAUGUUUAAACAGGACUGAAGUCAGACACAUUCAAGUUGUUUAGUGGCUCUGUUGCUCUUCAGAUGAAUGCGAUCGACUGCUGGAGAAACCGGUGGAUGAAGGACAGAUUGGAGAGGGAGAACGCUGAAAAUAUCUCAUUUUAGAGUCUUGGGUUCCUCUAUUAUAUCCCCUGCAUCCCUCUAUUGGAGUGUCGUAUCCCAGAAUUCCAAUGCAUUUGUCACUGGACACUAUGAACAUGGUGGAUGACGCUUGUCUUUCGCCCAGUAACUUCCACGAGAUGGUUAAAGCUGGAGGUGCGGUGAUGGGCACUCGUGUCCACAGCAUUGAUGUCAUCCUAGGCUUCAACAAGGACCAGGAGCCUUUGCUCAACCCUGGAGCCAACGUUGUAACUCAUAAAGUCGGAGUUGGGAAUCUUGGAGAUCUGGUUAAGGAGGACCAGCGGGUGCAGGCAUACGGACACUUGGAGACCCUCAGGAGCGGCACAGAGCAGCCUGAUUUUCAUGAUGGUGAUGUGUUCUCCAACAAGUGCGACGGGAUAUUGGGUGACCUUCGAAAGUCCACCGAAAGUGACAGUAAAUCUCCAGAUUCGGCUGAUGGGGAACAGCCCAAAAAGAAGCACAGACGCAACCGCACAACCUUCACCACAUAUCAGCUUCACGAGCUGGAGCGAGCCUUCGAGAAAUCCCACUACCCCGACGUCUACAGCAGAGAGGAGCUGGCCAUGAAAGUCAGCCUGCCGGAGGUCCGAGUACAGGUUUGGUUCCAGAACCGCAGAGCAAAAUGGCGGCGACAAGAGAAAAUGGACGCCAGCGCCAUGAAGCUCCACGACUCCCCUAUGCUCUCCUUCAACCGCCCGUCCAUGCACACCACCGCGGGACCCAUGAACGGCUCGCUGCCGCUCGACCCUUGGCUACCCUCCCCGUUGUCCACAACUCCGGUGCACAGCAUUCCCGGGUUCAUGGGUCCCACCCAAGGACUGCAGACAGGUUACCCAAACCACGGUUUCCUGAGCACACCCCAGCCAAUGACCCAGAGCAUGCAGCCCAUGGCUCCAUCACCGUACCAAUGCCCACCUCCCUUCACCGACAAAUAUCCGCUGGAGGACAUCGAGCAACGCAGUUCAAGCAUCGUCGCUUUGAGGAUGAAAGCUAAGGAACACAUCCAGUCCAUGGACAAGACCUGGCAACCCAUGUGUUGAGGUUACUAAAUGGUGUCGAAGGCUAGUAAAGAAUUACUGAUUGUAUAACAGAUGGUUUGUCCCGGAUAUGUAGGCGCUGAAUGGGUCACCUGCCAGGUAUUUACUGUAUUUAUUUUUGGUAACCUGGAUAUUAAAACGGCGAAAGAGACAAGCACAACGAUUGAGACUUUCACACAAGUAGUGUUUCGGCUCAUACAUUUUCUGGACAUGUUUUAAAGCUUGACUACAAACACUUACUGAGAUGUGAAUAUAAGGUCAUGUUUUCCAUCACAUGACCUCUGUCCACACAUCCACACUUUACGGGGAUGAUCAGCCGCUGAUGUUUAAAGUCACAUCGACGAUUGUGAGGAAUAAAUAUGGAAGUUAUAUUUCACAAGACUCAUUUCAUUCGCAAAAGACUUUGAGUAAGAGGUUUUGUGUGACCUUUACAUAUGUGCUGAAGAAAGCAAUCCAGUGUUACCCUACCAUGACUGUCUCUUGUUUUGAAACAGUUCAUCUGAAUUUGAUCAUUUCCCUUUUAAGAGGGAAAGACUGGGCAACUUUUUUUAACUUAAUGCAAAACUUCUGCAAAAGGAAACUCACAAAGUUCAAGUUGCCAGACUUUUUCUAGCAAAAUUGUUAUGUGCUGUUUGUUAAACUUCUUACAGACAGCAUGUUGAGUAUCUUAAAUGUAUAGACUGAUUCAUUUUCCCUUUAAAUGAUUUAUAAUGAAUAUUUUUUGUUUGUUUGUUUGUUUCAGAAUGUAUACAGUCGAGUCAAAGUGUAAUUUUUAUAGGGCCGUUUGGCCCAAACAUUAGUUUACAAACCGAAUCUGUGACUCUUAGAUGACUUGCACACUUGAAAGCCAAAGUUAGAAAGCAAUAUGACAAUCAUGGAUAAAUGUAUAUGUUUGUGAAAUGUUAAGUUGUCAACAGAAAUACGAAUGUGUUUUUUUUGUGUUUGUAGUGUAUCUUAGAGAUUUUUACGGAUGCUCACAAUAAAAAAUCUAGUUUGAUAGACUUUUGGUUUCAGUCGACUCGUUCUUAUUCCAGGAAAGGUUGUCUGGCAGUUCAUCACGUGUUUAUGCCGGCAGAGCUAUAGAAAACAAGGUGGAUUUUAUCUCCCCAUCUCUUUAUCUUCUGACCGGUGGCACGGUGCCAGCCCGUUAGGAUGAUGAUGUUCCGGUCAAUCAGGCCGGAGCGGGAGGGGGGCAUCUACAGUUUUCCUAAUUGCCUCCUGACGCUCCUGUUGAGGCACAUGUUCAUGGGGACUGGUGCUCGGAUGUAUUCAUCAUGUUUGAGCGAUGCUCUCAGACAGAUGGGGGACCACGGGGGCCAUAUGGUUUCCAAAAAAACAGUGCUGGGAAAGAGCAAGAGGGUACGAAUGUGACGCUUUCCUCUUCACUCAAGCGCAAAACAUGAUGGAAGUCAUGCAUCUUUCCUUAACAUUAUGUAAGAAUAUUGAACUUCUUUAAUGUAGGACAUAUUGGCGAUCGUGCGGGCAGGAGCGUAGGGUGGGAAUUCAGCUCAUCAAAGUUAAUGAUGGAGAAAAUCCCCCAAUUAGGGCUUUCUCCCGUAGGCCAGGAUGAGUUCAGCACAGGGAUUAUUGUCCGGCCCGAACCCCACUGACAGCCACUGACCGCCGCACAUCUUGGCACCCAGGCAGCAGGGCUGUGGGUAUGCAUGCGUUCAGCCGCUCCGGCACAAAGGAAUCAUGGGAAAGCAGCGGUUAAUCGACUGCAAAACGCUUUGUGCGGCUAAGGGAAGUUUAGUAUUCUUCCAGUCUCAGGCUUUGAAUGUGGGUCAGCCAGUUGGGCUUGCAAUUCAUUUGAUAACUUUCAGUUCAGUGCAUGUUUCAGAUGUCAUGCAUUAUAUCGGUUUUGGCAAAAAAUGAGUAAACUUUGAAUGCACAAUAUUAAAUAGGCCUACAUAAGUGCCUCACGUAUAUUUCUUUAGUCACACAUGUGGUAGCAUAGCAAGACCCAAAUCUGAGGUUAAUCCCUGACCUCGGCUACUAAUAAGAUUUCCUCUCUAGUACUUUUAUCCAUACUGUUAGGUAUUACACAGAUUUGUUAUUUUAAGAGUCACGGUAUUGCUGUAAAGGAUCAUGAUCAUGGUUAUAUAAUAUCUUAUCACAAAAGUAUAAUUGUUUAGCUUAAGUCCUAAAUGUAAAGA